AUGCUCAAGUUUGUCGUUGCGUACCUGUGGGCUUUUGCUCUCGGCAAGGUAAUCAGUGUAGAACCACCACUGCCAGGGUACACGGUUGAGGUCCUACAGUGGGAGGUUCCGGUCAGCCAUGAUGGCCGCACGGCUGUCCUAAACGGCACCGUCCAGCAGGUUUACCAACAGCUGCUGGAAAUCAACCCCAAUUAUGAAGACGAGUCUGGUACCUUCGAGGAGAUACAUGUCCCUACACUUGCACAGACCCACGGCUCUUCCAAGGUCUUGGAGAGGGAGGAUACCUGGUCGGACUGCGGCCGCUUCGAUGCCGCCAAAGCGGUCCCGAUAUGGGAAGGCAUCGACCACCUCAACCACGUCUCCGGCACGCCCGUGUCGAGGCCGGGGCCGGGUAUCUGCGGCCAGUCGUAA